AUGUAUGCAAUCACCCUUCGCUUUCCGCGAAAGCAAAAGGAGGCCGAGGAGCAGAAGUACAGGGAUCGCGCCAAGGAGCGACGAGACGGUGCCAACCCCGACUACGAGGCCGGUGCCGAGCUUCGCCCUGCGGGCUUCCAGUCCGUGGCUCCCCCAGAAGGGGUGUCUUCGGAGGAGAUGCGCAAGAAGGAGAUCGAAGAGAGCAAAUACCUCGGUGGAGACAUGGAGCACACCCACUUGGUGAAGGGCCUCGACUACUCGCUGCUGCACAAGAUCAGGAGCGAACUGGAGAAGGAGAAGCGCAUGGAAGCUGAGGAGGAGGAUCAAGAAGAGGUGACCAAGGAGGCAGCAGCACCGGCCAAGCCCGUGUUCCGCACGCCUCUGGCGCAGAGCGUGCACCAUCUCCUCUUUGAGCAGAACGAUUUCAUGAUCAAGCACCGGGUGGAGCUGGGCAGGGAGAACGGGAAGGUUCGUCCGGUGGACCGCUUCAUGAAGGGGCGCACGACGUUCGUCUUCGACAUGACGGACCUGAGCGCCGAGCUGCCCACCACGCUGCUCCGCAGCAAGGAGGACUGCCCCAAGAUCCAGGAGCGCAUGGUGGGCAGCAUUAACGAGGACGUGCUCAAGCGAGUUACGAAGAUCAUGAGCUACCUGCGCCCCAGGGAAAGAAGGAAGAAGGACAAGAAGGCCAAGAAGCCGAAGGACCGGGAUCACGACGACGCUGGUGGCGAAGGUCGCGACAGAGCGGCGCCCAUGGACGUGGCGGUCGAAGUCGAGGAGAAGAAGCCCGCCGAGAAAACCGGCGUCGCGCCCGACCUCACCGAUCUCAUGUCGCUCGGAUUCCUCAAGCCGGUCGCCAAGACGAACGCGCAGCCCAAGGCUCUGGAGGAGGACUCGAUCUUCCCGGACGUGGGCGACUACGUGUGCUUGCCCACGGCAGAGCAGAUAGAAAAGACGAGGCUCAAGAAGCUGGCCGAAAUGGAGGCGAAGAAGCAAGAGGCGGCGGCCGCCGCCGCCGCCGACGCGCAGACGAUUAAGACGGAAAAGGCGCAGGAGAAGGAGGAGUUCGAGGGAGACGAAGAGGAGAUGGCGUUGCUCCGGGAGCUGAUGGGCAAGCAGCAGCCGCAGCAGACCAGCAGCCUGCACGAGCGGGAGCUCAAGUAUCGCGAGCAGACCAAGGGCAAGGACUACUUCGGCAACGUGAAGGACGACGGGGAGGAGGAAGAGGAGGAGGUCUACGUGCCCAAGCUCAAGAUCAAGGACGCCGCCGCCGAUGCUGUCAAGCCCCCGCCCGUGGCGCACCCCGGCGGCACCGACGAUACCAACGAGGUGGAAAUGGAGCUCGAGGACGACGAGGGCGUCCCCACGCUGCCUCCCAGCACGGCGACGUACCCGGCCUACCCCGAGCCCUGCGCCGGUCCGCAGAUGCCGGCCAUGCCCGGACCGGGCUAUCCCGAAGCUGCUCCCUACCCCGAAGCGCCCUACCCCGAGCCUUACCCUGCGGGUGGAGAAGAGGCAUGGGCCUAUCCGAACACAGAUGAGCAGUACGGCGCCGGAGGAGAGGCGGGCAAAAAGGCCGCGCCGGACGUGGCAAUGGUCAAGACCAAGACGCUUUCCGAGCAGGAGAAGAAGGACCGGGGCAUGGCCACGGUGUUCAGGCGUGACGACAGCGUGCUCAAGCGUAAGACCACCGACAAGCGCGAGCUGGAUCCCAGCUUCGUGUCCGAGAACUACACCGAGUGUUACCCAGGGGCCUACGAGUCUUCGUUUACGACGGCGGUGGUGGAGGAGGGCGACAGCGAUGACGACGACCUCUCCAAGAUGGACAUGGGCACCAAAGCCCGCAAGCGCAUCAAGCCGUGGCACUUUGAGAGCGAUGCAGCCUGGAACAAGUUCAACGACACCCUCGAGGCCACGCCCAAGGCGGCGUACCAGUUCGGCGUCAAGAUGGGCGACGGCCGCAAGAAGGAUCUUAAGAAGAAUGCGAAGAAGAGCAAGGAAGCCAAGAUCAACCAGGAGCUGCAGAAGAUCAACAACCUCAUGAGCAAGCGCAAGCCAGGAGGGCAGUAG